AUGGCGCUGGACAUUAUUCCCCCGACGCCCCAAGCGAGAGUCCAGGAGAGUGGCUCCCAAGCCACUUCCGUGCACGAUGUGGACAACCCAGUUCUUUUCGAGGCGUUCGAGUGGAACCUGCACAGUGAACACCAACACUGGAGACGACUACGGGCAGCGCUGCCGGGACUGAAAUCAAUCGGGAUCGAUAGCUUGUGGUUGCCGCCUGGGAGUAAGGGGCGAGACGCUGAGAGCAAUGGGUAUGAUAUUUAUGAUGCGUACGACUUGGGCGAGUUCGACCAGAAGGGUACCGUGCCGACCAAGUGGGGGUCUAAGCAGGAUCUCGUGAACCUCGCGGCGGAUGCCCGGGCGUUGGGAAUGGGGUUGAUAUGGGAUGCGAUUCUCAACCAUCGAGCUUUUGCCGAUACUACUGAGACGGUGAAAGUGGUCGAGGUAGAUCCAAGGGUUGUGCGCCGCCCAGAUCGGCGAGUUGACAUUACAGAGCCGUACGAAAUCGAGGCGUGGACCAAAUUCAACUUUGCUGGGAGAGGGGGGAAAUACAGUAAAUUCACCUACAACAAAAAUCACUUCAACGGAACCGACUGGAACCAAACAAACCAGAAGAGGGCCAUCUACCGGUUUAUCGAAGACGGCAAGGACUGGGCGCAAGACGUGGGGACAUUGCAAGGCAAUGCCGAUUACCUCAUGUUGGAAAACCUCGACUAUACGAACCCGGAAGUCGUGCAAGAAACCAACGAAUGGGGUAAGUGGAUCAUAAAAGAACUGCGACUCCAGGGGUUCCGGCUGGAUGCGGUGCAGCACUAUUCACGCAAUUUCGUCAACAACUGGGCCAAGCUGCUGAAAGCAAAGAUGGAUCCGCGGUUAUUUUUCGUCGGGGAGUUUUGGCAUGGGGAUGUGCACAUGUUGACGCAGUGGCUGGAUCACAUGAGUCCGCAUUUCUGUCUUUACGAUGUGCCGCUCAUGUAUCACAUUGCUCGUCUUUCUACGCGAGAGGACACGGACCUGAGGGUGGUAUUCAACAAUACGCUGGUAGAGGCAAGACCGCAGAACGCCGUGACAUUCAUCCGCAUCCAUGACACCCAACGCGGCCAAGAGAUGGACACUCCCAUAAACCGCUCCUUCACACCGCACGCACACGCCCUGAUCCUCCUCCGCCGCGACGGCCGCCCCUGCGUCUUUUUCGGCGACCUUUACGGUAUCGGCCGUCCGUAUCCCGAGCCACCUACUUGUCGGGGCAAACUGCCCGACUUGUGUCUAGCCCGGAAGUUGUACGCUCAUGGCCCACAGGUGGAUCAUUUUGAUAGGCAUGACUGCAUUGGCUGGGUACGGCAGGGCACUCGGGAGAAGCCGAGCGGCAUGGCUGUGAUUCUCAGUUGGGGUCGGGAGACGCACCACCACGAGGCUCAGGAGCAGCCAGUGCUUUCCAUGUGCGUGGGGCGCCAGCACGCGGGCCAGGUCUGGACGGAUGUCCUGGGGUUCGAGGGCGCGGCCGUUGUUAUUGACGAAAACGGAUUUGGAAAUUUCACCUGCCAGUACAAUAGCAUGGCGUGUUUUGUGAACGCAGAGGCCGAGGGCAGGGGGAGGUUUCCCGUGAGUUUUGAGUCGGACUUUUUCAGGCCGAGGGUGCCGGCCGCUUUGGUGACGAUGCCGCAUGGAGAUGGAUUGUCGCAUCUUUGA